AUGGGGGAAUGGGUAGAAAACUCCUGGGUGUGGAAUCUAGAUUGGAGACGCCGUCUGUAUGAGUGGGAAAUGGAAGAGGUCCGUACCAUGCAAAUCAUCAUUGAUCAAAAUAAGCCGAAAAGGGAACUACACCAGGGGGUAUUGUGGAAAAAUAAGGAAGUUACUUCGUACCCUACAACAGACAUUUACGCUACUCUCAAUGAAACUUUGGCUCCAUCAAUACCGAAAUCUAUAAUGUCAGUGGUAUGGCAAAAAUUUAUCCCACCGAGAGCACAACUAACUGUGUGGAUGGCAUUCAAGGAGAGAUUGAAAACAGCAGAUUUCCUCGUGGAGAAAGGAGUUAUUAGCGUACAAAACGCAGGCUGUCCCUUCUGCAGAUCUGAACUGGAAACAAAUUCUCACAUUCUUUUUACUUGCAGAUUUGCCUGGAGCACAUGGAUGGAAAUGCUAAAAUGGUGGAACAUCUCCGCUCCGCUACACAUGUCGUUCUCAAACUUUAGCUGCCAGUGGUUAGGAUUGAUCAACGAUAGGAAGUGCAAAGAUAUCUGGGCUCUCUCCCUAGGCUGCGUAAUUUGGUCGCUCUGGUACGAGAGAAACCAGAUCAAAUUCGACAGCAAAUCCGCAAAUUUCCAUAACUUCAUUACGUCGCUAAAACUAAGAAUAGGAUUCUGGACAAAGGAACUGAUGGGCUACUCUGGCUGUGCACCAAAUAUAAUCUUCAAUGCAGAUUCCUUCCUGCUGCGAGCUUAA